AGCAAGAUAUUCUUUUCCCGAGCUUCUUAAAUAGAAACGCGAUCCCUCCCCUUCUUCCAAGCUCGUAGCUUUCCAUAGAAUUCCAGCAAGAUUCUUGAUUUAUUAACAUACCUUCAAAUCUUCCGUCUUCUUCGCUUUGCUUCCACGGUGGAGAGAUGAACGGAAAAGGCGGCGGCGGCAGCGGUCGCGGAGGCGGUCGAUAUCGGAAUCCAUGUCUGACGAUGCAUCAGCCCUGGGCUUCGCUCUUGAUCCACGGCAUCAAGAGAAUCGAGGGACGAUCAUGGCCUGCUCCUCUCACUGGCCGGCUAUGGAUUCACGCGGCUUCAAAAGUUCCAGAGCCGGACACAAUCAAAGCAAUGGAGAAGUUCUACAGGGAAAUAUAUGCCUUGGAUGGGGCCACUGAUAUCAAGUUUCCAGAGCACUAUCCAGUCUCACGUCUUUUAGGCUGUGUAGAAAUUGUUGGUUGUCUGAGAAGUGAAGAGCUGGCUGGCUGGAAAGAAGUUCCUGAAUCGGUCAGGUUAGAAGCCUUUCCAGGGUUCUGUUGGCUCUGUGAAAAACCACAAAAAUUAAUAGUUCCUUUUGAAAUGCGAGGCUACCAAGGCGUAUAUAAUCUAGAAAACAAGAUCUAUGAGGCAGCAGUACGAGGUCUCACUGCAAUUAAAAGCCCUCUUCCAGUCAAGUUUCCAUUGCCUGAUCCUCAGAACUCCUUGUCACUAAAGCCGGGAUCACUUAUGUCUAGCAGUUCCAAAGCAUCUGAAGUGGAGAAGUCGAAAAGUGUCAGUGCAGCCAUAGCCGGUGCUCGAGCUGCAGCGACUCAGUUUGCAAGGAAAGAUGAGACCAGGAGCGCCAUUAAGGAACAAAAGAACCAAGCUACUCCAGUUACCGAUAUUUCGAAUAGAAAAACAUACAAUCUUCGAAGUAAAGGAAGGAUUCAAGAAGAAAACCAGGCUGAAAACUCUGAAGAAAAACUGAUGUGUGUGAUUGAGAAAACAAAAACUAGAAGUACUCUAUUCCCACAUGGACCAUCUAAGCUUUUUGUGGAGGCAGUGAAAGGGUUGGCUAUAAAGUAGUGAUCAUUUUCUGAAGAAAUUCCAACUCCAUUGAAGACUCACAGGUCCUGUAGACAUUUAUGUCCUGUAACAUCUUCCUUUGUAAAGUUGUAUGGUUAGUUCUUUUUAGUAAAUAUUAGUAAGCAAUUCAUUUUGUGGACUGAAUAGAAGUUGAAAGGUCUUUUGUUUCUGUAGGAGUGUUUGAUGAUGGUCAAAAUUUGUGUAGAGCUUUGAUAUUAUUCAGUUUGGUGUUUGUCCAAUUUAUAAAGUUGUUUUUCUGUGAAAUGGAGGCAUUGAUUUUUGAAGCA